CGGUAAUCUUGUAUGUGCAGGAACCAUCUACACCAAUAAACAAUACUAAAUAUGGAAAAUUCAAGAAGAACCCAGAAAUCUCAAACUCAUUCAUAUAUAUAUAUAUAUAUACGCACCGAUCCUCUACUCUUCACUAACAAAGUGAUCAUAAUCUCAAUCAAUCCAUCUUUCGAAUUUCUCAUUUUAGUCCACAAUAAUAAUGUCUCUGAUCAUUCCUAGUGUGUUUGGAAACAUGGGUUUGCUAGACCCAUUCAGGUCCUCAUCAAACGACGUCGUCUCCUCUUUCGCCAACACCCAAGUCGAUUGGAAGGAGACCCCGGAGAGCCACGUGUUCAAGGCCGAUCUCCCUGGGCUGAAGAAAGAGGAGGUGAAGGUGGAGGUUGAAGACGGCCAAGUUCUCCAGAUCAGCGGAGAGAGAAGCAUUGAAAAGGAAGACAAGAACGACACGUGGCACCGCGUCGAGAGAGGCCGAGGCAAGUUCCUCCGCCGCUUCCGCCUGCCGGAGAAUGCUAAGCUUGAUGAGGUCAAAGCAUCUCUGGAGAACGGAGUUCUUACCGUCACUGUCCCCAAGCUGCCGGAGAAGAAGCCUGAGGUCAAGUCCGUUGAGAUCACUGGGUAAAUAAAAUAUUAUAAAUUUGUUUUAUUUUGAUUUUUGUUCUUUUCAUAUUUACGUGUUUUAGUUUUCAUCUUAAGUUUGCGAGUUUUUAUCAUGUAACUAAAUUUAGCAUUAUAUAAUGUAUUGAAUAAUGUUGUAGUGGUGAACUGUGUGUGUGAUGUUAAUUUUGUUCGCAUUUUAAUGUUCUUUUUCGACGA